GUUGUGAAUGUGAGCGUAUGUGUGCCAGAGCUAGAAUGAAGCCCCGCCUACAGCGUUUGUUUUGUGAUAUUUAAAAGAUGAAGUGGAAAAUCUCAUCUUAGUGCGCGUUUGCUUCGAGCCAGGACCACUACACUGAAAACAGAAGAAAUGUUGACUGCUUUCCGGGCACUUCCAAGGAUUUUGCUAAUACUCAGUCUAGUACUGAACUGCACUAUAGGUGCUGAAGUUGGCUGUGAAGACUGGGAUCUUAAAGGAAAUAAUGUCUGCUGCAGAAAAUGCAAGCCAGGGAACCGUUUGGUGGAAACAUGUGGAAGCUAUCCAGACGAGCUCUGUACCCCCUGUGAACCUGGCACUUACAUAACCAGUCUUGGAUUUUACUGUUUGAGAUGUACCCAGUGCAUAGGUAAUCAGUUUACACUUAAACAGUGCACUGCCAGCAGCGAUACUGUAUGUGGAUGCAAGGCCGGAUAUCGGUGUGGAAACGACAUAUGUUCCUUCUGUGUUGAUGAAUGCAAAGUGGGAGAGCAACCUACCAAAGACCGAUCUUGUGAAAAAUGUCCAGAGGGAAAAUUCAACGAUAAAAUCCACAGUAUGUGCAAAGAAUGGAGAAAAAGUUGUCCUGAUGGACAGACUUUGGUCAAAGGAAAUGCUACCAGCGACAGUACAUGCACACAUUUAACAGAAUAUUAUCCAAACACCUUACCUUCUGGGAGAAACAGAACUGAGAAUGGAUUUUUUCUACUAGAAGAAACAAGCUGGCUUCCAGUUUUCAUUGCUGCAGGGAUGGCAGGAUUGGUUGUCCUUUUUAUCAUAGUAUCAGUGGCUGCAUAUGUAAAGGCACAAAAGAAAACAGAGAAGAAGCCAAAAACUGAUACCCCUGACCAAGACCGCUCAGAUGAGUCCAGGAUAAUGAUUGUUGAGCAGGAAGACUGUAGUUUUCGUCAUCCUGAGCAAGAACAGGGUGGCAGCUCAGAGUCCAUCAAUACGCAAGACUCAGAGUCUAAACUCAUAGUGUGAGUUCACUGGACAGCCUUUAUAUUAUUUUUUUACCUUGUUACCGUUGCCACAAGAACAAGAGGACAAAACCACUGAACAUCUACUAAACUGUGAAAUAUGCUCUGCUAGUGUAUCAGUGAUUAAUAGCAACAAAAUGGACGAAGUGAACUUUCACAUAUCAGUUUUUUACUUCUGAAGUAUAGCGCACCUAAAACAUGAAGAUGAGACGUUGUUCACGUAGGUGUGCAGUAGCAGACAACAUGUAACACUUUUAUAAGAGUAGGCGUCAUCUACUGGUGCUUGCGUCACAAUUUCAGGUCAAAGCCCUUUUGAAAUACCCUGGUGGGCUUCCCCACUUUUCUGUUAAAAACAGCACCUUUUAAAAAAUGCUCUUUGGGCCAAGAACAAAGAGGAUACAGAAGAACAGUGGGCCUGUUUAAAUGGCAUGUUUGCACUUUAACUGUUUUUGUUUAAUAAUAGUUCUUCAGCCAACUGUUUUUUUGUCUGUUUGGAAAUAAGCAGAAAGAGCAGAGUAAUUCUUGGUAAAUGUGGUUGACCGUGUCAUGUAGGAAGUGAACUGAUGAAACGUUUGACCUCAAGAGUUUUUUUUGGUGCAUUUUACUGUUAUGUACAUAGGAUGUAAAGAUAAGUAAAAUUGUCAGCUCAGAACUUUCUAAACCCUGGGUUAACAAAAUCAUGACUUGUCAUCUGUCAUUCAUUCACAGUUCAUUCUUUAUUUGGGGUUAGGAAUUUACCCUGGGCAUUUAGGUUUCGGCUACGGUUUCACAUGCUACAUUUGUAAAUCCGGGGUUAAACUUCUUAUUUCCAUAAUAUCAUUUACUGGAUGAACUCUUUAAAUGAAAGCUUGUCUCGCUCAUACGCAUCAAUUGGGCUUAUUUAUUCCUGACCGUACCAUCCGGUUUACCUUAAUAAACAGACUUUUUUGAAGUUUUUCAACUGUAAAAGUAGUAUUAAAAUAGUCUUAUCACUCCGGUCAGCGUGUUUCCGUCACUGUUUGACAUUUUUCUCCCUCAAGCGUGAUAACCAUAGAUAUAAAUGCACAUCUAUGGCUCUUCAUAACUUCGCAUCACUUCACACGCAAAAGAUGACAACCGGCUCGUGUUAAAAGCCCCAUCCGCCUUAUUUUUCAACGCAGAAGUAAGCCUAUGAGCGAGACUUCCGGUUUAGUGAGAAGCAGAACAGUAAACGGUAAAGCAGUUUACACUACAAACCAGUUUGUUCAUAAGUAAAAUAAUAUGGCAAGAUACACCAAUUUGCAGUAUCCAGCAGCAAAACGAGCUGUUUUGUACCCGGUUCAUUAAGGUGAAAAUGAGAAGAAAAACAACGUGAAGUAAACGUUAAAGCUGUUUGCACUACAAACUAUUAAUUAUGCGUUCAUAGUUAGGAUAAUACAUAAAAAUAGUAUGGUAAGACACAUUAGUGCAAUAUCAAGCAGCAAAAUGAGCUGUUUUGUACAGCUAAAAAUAGCUUGACGCGGAUGAGCCCGGAGGCCAGACCCGUAAAAUUUACAAAUGGCUGCAACUACUCUUACAGGAUAAAUAAACUAAACUGUUGCACUAUAAUAUGUGGCACAGCUUGUUCUGUAGGCUAAAUGAUAACAAUUUGCCUUGAAUCAAAGCUUCCACCUUGCCCCAGAGGUCAUUGAGUCUGUGUUAGAGAAUUCCCUGCAGGUAAAUACCUUGUGUUUUUGGAGUAGAUACUGAGGUCAUUAAACAAGUUUUUGGGGAUUAAAUCCUCUUAAACUGCCAAAACA